CCUCGAAUGAUUGUGUCUUGUCUGAAAAAGCAUAGGCAAGAAGAAAAAGAUAAUUUAAAGUAAAAACAAGCAUAAGGAUGGUGAACAGUGCUUCGGCCCUUCAGGUUCUUCCACUGUUUGUUCUCCUUGGGAACAUACAUUUGUGCGCUUCCUGGCACUUCUCCCUGCCCGACCUGCUGACGGAUGAGGCUGACGACUACGAGUACUAUGACGAGUACGUACAACCAGAGCAGAACUCCUUGAGCCAGCGGCAGACGGUGGAGGACCCUGACUGGUUUGAGGACUAUUAUGGCUACAGCGAUACCAGCACAGCAGAUCCGUGCUCCUCCAACCCCUGCAAGAACUACGGUAGGUGUGUAAACAGAGGAAGCCGCUUCAGCUGUCUCUGCUCCAAGCCAUAUACUGGGCCUACAUGUGAGAAAGUGGAGGAUAUGUGUCAGGAGAAGAGGUGCCACAGGGGAGACUGCCUGAUUACAUUUACCCCACCUCAUUUUCAGUGCAGCUGCCAUCAUCCCUACAAGCAACCCGACUGCCAGCAAGCAUCUUCAGCGUGCAGACCAAACCCGUGCAAAAAUGGAGGUAUCUGCAUACGGAACAAAACUCGAUCAAGAUUUGUCUGCAAGUGCCCCAAACCUUUCAGAGGGCGAUUCUGUGAGAUUGGAUCGGAUGAUUGUUAUGAAGGGGCCUCCUCUAACUACAGAGGAAGAGUGAACCAAGCAGUGAAUGGCAAGACCUGCCUGCACUGGAAUUCCCAAGUUCUCUUGGGCUACCCGAUUAAUGCCUUUAUGGAGGAUGCUCAGUCUCACGGCAUCGGUGAACAUAACUUCUGCAGGAAUCCCGAUGAGGAUGAAAAACCCUGGUGCUACAUCAGAAAAAAUCACAAAGUGGAAUGGGACUUCUGUGACGUUUCACCCUGCUCAAGAACAGCUGAAGAGAGACCAUGGCUAACACACAGCCCCACAGACCCACCUGGAGCAAAUGGAAUAUUCAAAACAUGUGGACAGCCAGAAAUUCAGAGGACACUCAAGAGGAUCUAUGGUGGAGCUAAAACUACAGCUGGCAAACAUCCCUGGAUGGCAUCUCUGCAGAUAAAGACUGCAGAAGGCAGCGAACAUCAGUGUGGUGGAGUGCUAAUUGAAGCGUGCUGGGUUCUCACUGCUGCGCACUGCAUUACCCAGCCAGCAGGAUAUCUCGAAGUCGCCCUAGGGAAGCAAAACCUCCAGAAGAGAGAGAAUCAAGAGCAAAUAUUUGAUGUGGAGAAGAUCAUAAUACAUAACAAAUACAGAGAGAAGAACGAUAUCCCACACAAUGAUAUUGCAUUACUUAAAUUGAAGCCAGUUAAUGGUCACUGUGCGGUGGAAACAAAGUAUGUGAAAACAGCGUGUCUGCCGAAUUCCUCCCUUCCCGCCGGGACUGACUGUUUCAUCGCAGGAUGGGGAGUGACAGAGACAGGUGAAGCAUCCAGUCAGCUGUUAGAUGCCAGUGUCAGGCUGAUUUCACAGAGGAAAUGCAAUGAACCCAGAGCACACAAUCGCAAACUGGAUGAAAGCAUGUUUUGUGCAGGAAAUCUUCGGAGACCCGGUAUUGAUUCUUGUCAGGGAGACUCCGGAGGCCCAUUAACUUGUGUAGUAAACGGCUUCUACUAUGUGUAUGGCCUUGUGAGCUGGGGUGACGAGUGCGGGCUACAAAACAAGCCAGGAGUCUAUACCCAGGUGACAACAUUUCUCAAUUGGAUUAAAUCCAAAAUCCAGUCUGAGUCAAGGUAACUUCAUUAGGAGACAGCUCUGGAAGGACAACUGAAUUUCUGAAGCAUCAGGGUUGAUUGUGACCUGCUGAGAUCCUUCUGUCUCCAAUUGGUCCUGUAAAACCAAACCCAAGUAAAUUGUGAGGAUAGCAAAUGGACCGGAAAAGGUUUUAGCUAUUAAUCUAUAAAAAUAUUUAUGUAUUAAUAAUCACCACAACUGGCAAACAAACCAGCAAAAUCUAAAUCACUACUCUGCACCGAGCAAAUGUUUACAGUGGAAAAGUGCAAAAAAUGGAGCUGCUCAUGUAAGUUAGAUACUACAUAUGUCCAAAGACUGAAUGUGCUCAAGUUCUAAUUUCUAAUUUGAGCCCUAAAUAAAGUGCAAACCAGCAAGUACCUGAGUUCCAGGCAGAUUGUACACCUGUAGAAUUCCCUGGGACCAUCAGAUCUUUAUCACACAUAGGGCUGAAGAUGUUGCCUGCAGUCCCCAGUGCCUGCAUUACCCAACCACAGUUACAAUUUAUUUCCUGAGUAACUUUUCAGAUGGGAAUGUAAAUCCUGGAUAUGUCCUGUUUCUUUUGGGCUGAAGUAUUGUUUGACUUGUUGCUGAAGUUAAAACUUAAAUUAAACAAGUACUUUAAGUGCA